UCAUUCAAUUUAUUCGGAUAAAAGUGUGGUAAAAAGUUGUCUAAGGGAGGAUAAUUGUUUUGCUCUUGGCACAAGAAAUAUCAAAAACAAGGUUGACAAAAUAAAAAAUGAACCUGAUUUUUAUGAAAAUGCUCCUUUUCUUACUCUGGCAAAGGAAUUAUUAAAAUUAGUCAAGGAAGAUAAAGUAGAGGUGAUUUUCCUCUCCGCUUAUGAUAAAAGGGCUUUUGCCGACGACGACCCGCGCAAGAAAAAAAUCUUUGGGGAAACUUUUGGGAAAUUUCCCAAUUGUUCAUUAAAAUUGCUGGGAUUUGAUAGUGAAGGUCAAGGUCAAACCAAAG